AUGCGUAGUCCUGUUGAAAUCGAAUGGCUGGAGGCGGACACUUUCCGCGAACUGCUCGAUACCGCCAUCCAAUCCGACGUCGAUGCGGUUCCGGAUGCACCGGCGGGUAUCGACGGAGGCGGCAGUGAACGUGGCGGCACCGUUGGUGCGGUAAACGAUGUCGAAAUGGAACCAUCACUCUUUGCGGCUGAGAACACGCAUGAGUAUCGGCCGGUGCGCGUGUUGCGGCCCAACCGUGAGUUUGGCUCGUUCCGGACGUUCGAGCCGCAGAUGUAUGUGUACGAUUACGAUCCUUCCCGGUACGGGCUGUACUACGGCGGUGACACCGCCACUGGCCAAGAAACCGAUUCCGAAUCUCCGCCGCCGCCGCCGCUUCCGCGCCCUCCUCCACCGCCGGCCGAAACGCCCAUCACGCAACCGUCGGCAGCCGUGUUCCCGUCGGCCCCACGCACUUCCCGUGCCCGUUGCGAUGAGUAUGCAAAUACCUUCCGAGGAUACACACCGUAUCGACCGCAUCACCGGGAACGCUUUGGUCCCACUGCCACUGCACCGGAAACGGCACGCCCUUCGACGUCACGUUGUACGAUCGAUAACGUAAAGCUUGAACCCGUUGCCGAUCCGAGGGGGGAGGCUGAAAACGGCACUCUCGCAAAUGACGGAACAGAGGUCACGGAAGACCGAAAGGUAUCAACUAACGUUUCUACGGUCAAGCAGGAACCGCCGGUACCAUCCGGUAGUUUCUUCGAGCCCACUUUACCGACCGAGAAUGAUACCGACGGUGCCGAGAGGAUGGCAAAUGAAAACCUGCCACUUGCCAGCUCACCACCAAGUAACGAUGUCAGUCCGGCGUCAGUUGAGAAAGUACACGAAACACAGCGAGUAGCCAGUAGCUCGAAAACGGAACAGAUUUCAAAUGACCCUUCGUCUACCACCGCGGAAGAACCAGCACCCGAUCCGGUGGCGGGUCCGAGCGGGCUUAACCGUCGCAAUUUUAUGUCGUGGAUGCGAAAUGGCGUUGAAGGAGGAUCAUCGGCGAGUGGCCGUAGUCGAUUUAGAACGAGUGCUCCGAUGCACCGGUCACGGCGCUACCGGAAUCCCAUUUUGGACAGUAGCGACAGCGACGAUGAGUACGAAACGGAACCGGAUGACGUUGUUUACAUGGGAGUGCGCUUGGAGCCACUCUGUGAAGGGGUGGACCUCUCCGGGACGAACGAUGACAUUGUGGCGACGGACUCAAACGACCAACAAGAGUCGCCAGUAGUAGUGCACCAGGCAGUAGAGGACAAGGAAGCAGCGCCUCCGGCCGUAGCAGAUCCGAAACCCAAAACCCUUGAUGCCCUUGCUGCCCCCGACCUACAGCUAGACUGGAUCACGGAUACGAGCAGCAUUAGUGGGGACAGUGACGAUGUCAUCAUGGUCGAGAACGCAUCAUCAGUUGUCACCCGUGAACCUAUCGAUCUGACGAACGAUUCCGAGGAUGACGAGUCCACGCUGGUACCCGGGCCCGAGGAAGGAAACGUUGGCAGUAGUGGGGAAACUAGGGCCGGAUCUGCAGUACCGUCACGUGAAGCCACGAGUACGGAGAAGAUUGUUCCCGGUCCGGGAACGCAGAACAUCUACCGGGUGCGUUCAAUUCAACCAACGAUACGGAUUAGAGGUUACUCGUCAACCGGGCAGCCACUCUACGGGGUGUAUGGUACUGAGCGUCACAGCAGCUGGAUGAAUGCUGCCGCAUCCGCUGGUCUGUCGGUGAGUCGUACCGAACGGCAUCGCAUCCCGAACCAUCGAGCGUGGGACUCGUACCACUCGUCAACGAGAUCACCCUCGUCAUCGUCUCCCACUUCUUCGGCGGCCUCAUUGACGGGUGGUGGUGUGCCCGCACGGCAUCUCCACGCGUCGGCCAGUUGCAGUCGCCGUUGCCAGUCGCUCCACCGUCAACCAUCGUCCUCGGGGACAGUGGACGAAGCGACUUCCGUUCGCAGGUGUAGCGCAUGCAGCAGCGGUUCCGGUGGUUGUCCCUACGCAACAACGUCCGGCAUGCGAUGCUCGCGCUUCCAUUCGACGUCCUACCCGACGGCCGAGCGAUCCGCAUCCGCUUCACCCGUUUUCGCUGGUCCCAACCAUCACAAUCACCACCAUCAGCAGCAUGCUCAACGUCACCAUCGGCGCGGGCAACUUCGUUACCCAUGGCCACGGGGCGCUAGUGAUGAAGAUGACGAUGAAAACUGGACCGUUCGUCGCCGCGGCAUCUACAACGUUCCACCCGAGCUGCAAAUGGCCAGAAAUGAGGCACCCAUUGAUACUGUCACUGCUGCCAACCACCACCUCGUUCACCCAUGGCUACCGAAGUCCGAACCGCGCCCAAACCACCACCGCUCAUCCGAUCACCCCAUUGACUACUCUUCCGCAACGCCAAUGAAUAUGGGCAAUUCGUCCCGUGGCGAAACACCAGCGAUCCGCUUCCGAAUGUCGUCGAGAGGAUCGGUCUUGCCGCCUCCACCACCACCGCCACCGCCUCCACCUCCACCGCCAUUAUCCGCCAUUGGAGAUCCGAUGCUGUGCAGCACCCCGUCGUCGGCGAGCGGCCGCCGUCCGCCGUCGUCCUCAUCAUCGUCGUCGUUGGCGGUUACAAACGAUCACAACAACAACCACAGCCACAACAACAAUUGUCCGCGCCAACCGCACACCGUUCCCGACUGGGCGAACGCCCAGCCCGUCGAACACGAACGGCCGUGCGUGCAGCGGCACUUCCUGGCGUCACUGUGUAUGGCUGCGGCGCAACCGUACGGAUACUCCGAUGGUCUCCCCAAUCUCCCCGUUCACCGUCACCGUGUUCCGCGUCCUCCGGCGUUGUCGUCGUCGUCGGCCACCACCACGGCCGGUCGGCUACUCUCAGCGUCCUACGUUCCUCCGAGCUCCUCAUCGCCACACUCGCGCAACAGCUCGACGAUGCAGUUGGCACCGAACGGGGCGUCCGCCGCUUCCGUCGGACCCACCAGUGCUGCCACCGGGCACGAUUACUACCUUCGUUCGCGCCGCUCCGUCGCCGAUCGCCAUGGCGUUGGUGAGCGAGGCCCCGUCCCAUCGGCUGCCGUUGGUAUGGGUCGAAUGCCUUAUGCGCCCCACGAAAGCCUCUGGCAGCGGCAGCACCACACUCAGGAAGCGCUACGGCGCAUGAUGUCCGUCGACCUGGUGACACCGGCCCCGUACAGCGAGCUGCAGCGGCGUCAGACGCUCGCCAGCUACCGCCCUUCGCGAUCCCCUCCUCCGAUCCUACCACCGAGCCGUUACAUGCUGCAGUCGUCUCGCAAUCCGUCACUCGGUGUCGCCGCCAGCACGUCUUCGGGCAACGGUUCCAUGCCGAUGGCUUCCGGUUCCUCCGCCAACUUUCACCCACAACUGGCCCCCGGCGUGGCGCCACACGAUCAACCACACGCGAGUGGUUCACGGCCACUGCCGGAGGCGAUGCCGGAUGACAGAGACUGGCAGCAACGAGACGCCGGAGGCCAUAUUCAUUUCCACCAUCACAAUCAGCCGGGCACUGCCGGUAGCAGUGGAGCAAGUGGUGCUCCCCUCGACUACUGCUACUGGCAGGGAUCCCGGGCAUCGCAUCGGCGUGCCCGAAUGCACACGUAUUCGCCGAACGCGCUACGCCGCGAGCACCAGUACGUGCACCAUCACAUGUACCACCACAUAACGGCGCAGCAUUUCCGCGUGGACCCUCCGCCCGGGCUUCAGUUUAGCAUUGGGCUGCGUCCCAGUUUGCUGUCGAGCUUGAAUCGGUUCGUGCGCGUCAUCGAAGACUCGUGCACAAAUCGGGGCGCCACCCAGGAGAUGAUUGAAACGAACACGUUCCCGCACAAGUACAAACAGCUUCGGCUCGUGUCCGAGACGGACGAGGACAGUGAGAAGUGCACCAUCUGUCUGUCACAGUUUGAAGUUGAUAACGACGUCAGGCGUCUGCCGUGCAUGCACCUGUUCCACAAGGACUGUGUGGACCAGUGGCUGGUGACCAACAAACACUGCCCGAUCUGCCGGGUCGAUAUCGAGGUGCACCUCAGCAAGGACUACAGCACAUGACAUGCAGCGGACGGUGCUAGUAGCGGUACGACGACGACGGCGGCGGCCUACCUGUACGAUCAUCCGGUAAUGUCGAGGGACGCCGAGGACCACGUAGUCGAUGACGACGAAACCGAUGACGAUGACGACGAGCGAGAGAGCAACGAUGACGAGGAAGACGCAGAGAUGAGCAUUGAAGAAGACACAGGCCCGGCGCAGAUGGCGAUGAUCGCUGGUGGUAGUAAUGAUCCGCGACGCGAAUGGAACGAUGACGUGUGGAUCCGAAACGGAGCGAUGAUGCUCAACGAAAACCGUCCCGAGGGGGGCGAGAUCCAGACGUCGUCAUCCGACGGCGACAAUGACUCUAUUGCCGCUCAGAGCGGUUCCUCCGUCGGUGGGUCCGGCUGUGCUGAAGGAUUUUUGCUUUACCUUGAGUAAGGGACAGACGAGGUCCGCACAAAGUUGCUCAGUUCUCGCUGUUUUAUCGUUCUAGCUUCAGUACGAACGGAGAGUGCGUUGCAUGAGUGGUGUGACUAGGUGAUUUUUUAUGGUUUGUUUACUAAUAUUCCUAGAGGGAACGAAGGGAGAGAUAAUGAAGCACCCCGGAAAAUCGUCAAAAGGUUUUUCUUCUGCAGGGCGAGAGUGAGAGAGCGAAAGGUAAUGUAAGAAGCUAUGAUGAGUUUAGCAAUCGGUCUUUUUUGUUUCGAUCAAUGCAAAAUAAAUGAUAGCUACAAUGUUUGA